AUGUUCUCAUUGCUCCGGCGAGCUCAUGGACGUUGCAUGCCGUCGUCUUCCUACUUUCUGCGUCUCGUGGACCGCUCUUUACUCUCAAAGUGCCCGACUUUAGCCACAAACGUCCAUGCCCAGCUCGUCAAAGUCGGAUUGCUACCCAAUACCUUUUGGGGGAAUCGCUGUCUCCAGCUCUACUUCAAAUCCGGCGCCGUCGUCGAUGCUUUCAAGUUGUUUGACGAGAUUUACGAUAGAAACACAAUCUCCUGGAACCUCUGCUUGAAAGGGCUUAUAAAAAAUGGUUAUCUCGAUCACGCACUUGACCUGUUCGACGAAAUGCCUGAGAGAGAUAUUGUUAGCUGGAACACAAUGAUCUCAGGGUUUGCUUCUUGUGGGUUUCCAGAAUCUGCGAUUAGAGCUUUCUUGGAUAUGCAGAGUUUUGUUAUCCGGCCAACAAGUUUCACUUUUUCGAUUCUAGCUUCUCUUGUUACUUGCGUUCGUCAUGGGGAACAGGUUCAUGGUAAUGUUAUUUGCAGCGGCGUGAGUUUAUCUGAUUCGGUGGUGUGGAACUCGGUUACGGAUAUGUACAGAAGGUUAGGAGUUUAUGAUUAUGCUUUAUCUGUGUUUUUAGCCAUGGAGGAUAGAGAUGUUAUCUCGUGGAACACUUUGAUUUUGUGCUGUUCUGAUUUUGGCAACAAAGAAGUGGCUUUGGAUCAGUUUCGUCUAAUGAUGGAAUUAGGGAAUCAACCUGACGAGUACACGUUCUCAAUAGUUGUAUCUAUCUGCUCCGGUUUGCGAGACUUGUGCAAGGGUAAGCAGGCUAUUGCUCUCUGCAUCAAGAUGGGGUUUCUCUCUAACACCAUUGUUUCAGGAGCUGCGAUUGACAUGUUUUCCAAAUGCAACAGAUUGGAGGAUUCGGUUAAGGUUUUCCAGCAGUUGGGGAAAUGGGAUUCAGUGUUGUGCAACUCUUUAGUCGCUAGCUAUUCUUGGCAUGGUUUUGGAGAAGAUGCUCUUAGCUUCUUUAUCAUCUUCAUGAGGCAGAGCGUUAGGCCGGAUGAGUUUGCCUUCAGUAGCGUCCUGAGCUCGAUGAACGUCGUGAUGCUUGAUCAAGGAGGUCAAGUUCAUUCUUUGGCUAUCAAGUUAGGAUUUGAUCAGGACACUGCAGUAGCCACCUCACUCAUGGAGAUGUACUUCAAAACCGGGUUGGUUGAUUCAGCAAUGGGAGUGUUUGACACAACUGAUGAAAAAGAUUUGAUCUUUUGGAACACUGUGAUUAAGUUCAUUCUUUGGCUAUCAAGUUAG